CAGCUCCGCAGCAAAGUCUCCCAUUACAGGCGCUCAAAAUGCGUUUCAUCACCCUUUUCGCUGCGUCUCUCGCUCUGGGCAGUGCAGCUGCCGCCCCCGCAGAAACUUCGCUUGAGGUGUUUGUUGAAUCAGCGGGGGAGAUGGUUCUCAAUCCUGCCAUGUACACUACUGAGAACUUUACCGCCUCGGACGGCGAGACUUAUGAGAUUACCUAUCUCUCCGAGCUCCCGGACCUCGAGACCCGCUCGACGCGAUCCGCCUUUCAACGCCGCCAACAGUCGAGCGACGACCCGCAGAACCGAUGGCGACCUGGCACACGGUUCCGGGACUCGUGCCCCUUUGGGUCCAUAAACGACGACACGGGUCCCAACGCCCCGACCACAGGCCGCUGCGCCGCGGUGCGGGACUGGUGCGCCAGCAACCCUGGCAAUUGGGCCGUGUUCCCGCAAGACGGUUCCCCGACGCGUUUCUACCCGCUCAUUUCGAGCGGCCGGGCCGGCACAACUGCGUGCCACUUUGCGGUGCGGGCUGACGGCGCGCUGACGCAGAUCGGCUCCGACGACGUGCGCGACUGGGCCAGGGAGUCUCUCAACCGUUAUAGGCGCACUUUCAACGGCGUGGAGCGCGUGCGUUCGUACGGGAGCACUGCGACCUGCAUCGGGGUCAGGCCCAGGACUUUGUGGUGGAAGCUCGAUACGCUUCAGGGUAUUGGUCAGUGAAGGAAGGUCUGCGGGAGUGUCAACUAUCCGGAGGAUUGGGGUGUGUUGUUAUGAGGGAGUUUGCAUGAUGUGUGAUUUAUUGACUGGCUUGGUCUCAGUAUUUGAGUGGUACCAUGUGGUUUCGAGACCGGAAGCCGUUGGCUGG